GGUGCGCCGGGCGCUCCACGUCACCGUGCGCCCCUCCCAAUCAGGAUACGACACAUGUCGACACGUGGAGCCGGGUCCCACUUUUAUUUUUAGUCAAAUUUUUGCCGCAUCCUUCUCUCUCUUCAUUAAUGGCCGCGUCCUUCUCCCGCCCUUCGCAUUUGAAGUGCCCUUUCUCUUCUGUCUUCUCCCGCACGAAGUCUCUCUCACAAAAAUCUUUCUCCGCCUCCUUCGACACCGACGAUCAGCACCGGCCGAGCGCCCUCCUCGUCCGGCGUUACUCGAUCUCCGCCGCCGCCACCGCCACCGCCACCGCCGCCUCCUCGCCGCCCUCGCAGCUCCCGCUGGCCUCCAAGAUCCAGAGCGGCUUCGAGCCGCGGAAGUCGUUGUCGACCUCCGCCUCCUUCGACGCCAACGACCAGCACCGGCCGAGCGCCCCCUCAUCCGGCGGUACUUGAUCUCCGCCGCCGCCGCCUCCUCGCCGCCCUUGCAGCUCUCGCUGGCCUCCAAGGUCCAGAGCGGCUUCGAGCCGCGGAAGUCGUCGUCGACCUCCGCCUCCUUCGACGCCGAUGACCAGCACCGGCCGAGGGCUCCCUCGUCCGGCGGUACUCGAUCUCCGCCGCCUCCUCGCCGCCCUCGCAGCUCCCGCUGGCCUCCAAGGUCCAGAGCGGCUUCGACCCGCGGAAGUCGUCGUCGACCUCCGCCUCCUUCGACGCCGACGACCAGCACCGGCCGAGCGCCCCCUCAUCUGGCGGUACUCGAUCUCCGCCGCCGCCUCCUCGUCGCCCUCGCAGCUCCCGCUGGCCUCCAAGGUCCAGCGGCUCGUGGACAAUGUCCAGCUUGCGAGGCAGGAUUACUUGGAGCUGAGACAAGAGGCGAGCGAAGUGCAGGAGUAUUCCAACGUGAAGCUCGAUCGAGUCACGCGCUACCUCAGCGUUCUCGCAGACAAGAUGCGGAAACUAGGUUCUGUGCUUUGUGUCAGAUCAAGUCGCCCUUGAAGGUGAGGCUAGGAUAGCACCGCUCGUCAGUGAGAAAGAGGAAGUUGUUCAAUGAGUUGUUGAAA